AGCCGACACCCCACAAUCUCCCACCGACAGCGAGCGCUCGGCCCAACAGCCGGAUCCAGUGAGGAGAGAGCGGAGCCCGGGCUGAUUGUGACCCCACUCCCCGGAGUCCUCCCCUCCCCCCCGCCUGGGAAAGUUUGGGGUGUGGAAGUGUGGGCAGCCAUAUUGUCUCGGUGGUACAAGUUGGGGGUCUCCGGCAUGGUGUGUGUUGUACCUCAUACACAGACUUCAGACGUCUCUUUCGGAUGCCGACAUGGCCGGACCUUCAAGCUAGAUGUGCCAGGGAAGAGCGCCAGCUGCCAGACACAGGGCACCACACUGGCGGCACAGAAACAGACGGGGAUGCAGAGGUCUCUGGACACCCUGGGGUGUGUCUGAGUCUCCCAAAAGAAACCCCAUUCUGCCCCCUAAUGUACAUACCUCUCCAAGCAACAGCGCAUCAACUCCUUGCUCCCUGAGACUGGAUUGGAGGCCGACAUCUGCAGGAUCCAUGAGGCACAUUGAGAUGAAUUUGCCACCAAAGGAGGAGGCUGGAGCAGAUGGGGGCUCAGGUGCUGCUGGGAGCUCGGACUCAUCAAACCAAGAUGGGGCAUCGGAUGAAAGGCACGAUUGCAGGGUUUUGGUUGGGUUCCCUGAGGCAGAUCACCAGCUCCAGAGAGUUUAUCAUGUCUCCAUCAUCUCUGAUGUGCCAGCCACAAAAGCCUCUUCCCGCCAAACCUUGAAGAGGCCUCCUCCUGACCAGCUCUUCCAAGAAGCCACCAGAAGCCCAAAGAGAGCCUUCUGGGGCCACCCAAGAAGUGAUCGUCCCCUUGGACAGUCUGAAUUGGAUGGGGAGGAGGAACAGGACAAUAUUGAAGAUGGACUUCUCACCGUAGAGGUACCACUGUGUAGUUCUGCCCAGCACUUCUCCCAUAGUGGCCUACGUGUAACUGAGCACCGAGGUGAGGCCUCCUCCUCUAGAGAGUCCAUGUCUAGACCGCGAGUAGGUCAGUUGUUCAGCAGUUGCCAGCAGACAGACCCUCAGUUAGUAGUGACCCAAGGCACGUUGCACAGCAGCCCAUUAGAGGCACAAAAGAUUAUGCCCGAUGGACUGUCCCACACCCACGUGGGAAAUGGGACGAAGGUUUCUUUGGAUCAUGAGGAAUAUAACGGAACUGCGGUGGAGCUUACCACCAACCAGCACAUACUUGAUAAAGUUUUGCACAACAUUGCACAGCCUGAGGGCCCAGCCGAAAUGCCUGCUCAGCCCAACGGUAAUCUGACAGCUGAAACAAUUUUGAAAGAGCCCCUUUCUCCACAGUCUCCAUCGGAGGGUCCCAGCCCUACAGAGACCCCUCCAGGCACAUCCCGUCAUUGUGCUCCUGCAGGCAUGGCUGUCAAACGGAAGCUGCUUCCCUCCAGCGAAUCAGCAGACUCCUGCUCUGAGGAUGAGGGGCAAAGCAAGAAGUGGAGGGGAGGCCAAGGAUGCCAAGCGUUGCAUGGAGCCUGCAGGAGCACCGACUCUAAGGCUGCCCCCUUCUGGAAUCAUCUCUUACCAGCAGCCCGACACUCACAGAAGAUUCUCUCAGACCACAGUGGACGGAGAACAAAACGAGGACUGCGUUUGAAACCGAGAUCCCUGAUCAGCCCACAGAAGGGACCUGCAGCGAGGAGCUGGGCCAAUUCCUGCAUCAGCCGCCCCCUGCUGGGCAACUUUGAGGAGUCUAUACUGAAGGGCCGAUUUGCUCCAUCUGGUCAGAUUGAAGGAUUCACUGCAGAGAUUGGUGCCAGCGGCUCCUACUGCCCCCAGCAUGUCACUCUACCAGUCCAAGUCACCUACUUCCAUAUCUCUGAGCACAGUGUCCCCUCACCAUUCCUGGGAGUGAUCAAUCUGGAAGCGGUUGGGAAGAAGGGAUACAGCGUCCCCAGCACUGGAACCAUUCAAGUGACCUUAUUUAACCCUAACAAGACUGUGGUGAAGAUGUUUCUUGUUACCUACGACUUGAAGGACAUGCCGCCCAAUCAUGUGACCUUCCUGCGCCACCGCAUCUUCCUGGUGCCCGUGGAAGAGGAGACGGAGAGCGGCGGAGAUGGGCCCCGAGAGAUGGUGGGAAAUGAAGCCAAUACCAGCAAGGAGAGAGCCAGGAGGAUCCUGUGUUACCUCAUGCACCUGAGGUUCCAGAGGUCGAGAUCGGGGAAGAUUUACCUCCACGGUGACAUCCGCCUCCUGUUUUCCCGCAAGUCGAUUGAAGUGGACUCUGGGAUCCCGUAUGAACUGAAAUCCUUCACCGAGACUCCCAGGAACCCCAAAUACUCCCCUCGGGUGUGAAGGUGAAGCACAAGAUGAUCGUGUUGAAUUGGGGGGGGGGGGUCCUAGAACUGUUAGACUGUUUCCAUCGCAGACUCCUCCCUCUUUACCUGAAGGUUGCACACACCCCUUAUUUAUUACCUGUCUCCCCGCUUCCUCCCGCCGCUCCCCCAAAAACUGUCCAAUCACUCGAGGCUUCCAUGGAUCACAUGGGAACCAACUUCACAAGCAGGACCCCCUCCUCCUGCACCCAAGGUGUAGAACUGAUGGCCGGACUUUUGCACCUGGUUUAUUAAACCCACAGUCUUGUUUUAUUUUCA